UUUGCAGCUUAUCUGAUAGCCAGUAUAAAACACACAAUUCGUCUUUUUGACACGAUACUCUUUCUAUAGAAAACCAUCACUGUGAUUAUUUUAAUAAGAUGUUGCUGUUUGUAUCUGUCCUUCUUGUUGCCAGCGCCUUUGGGCAGAGCACGAAUAACGAGGUUCACCAGAUUCAACAGAAAAUCCACCAUGAAGUGACUCAGCUCUACCAUGGUGCCGAUGUCAACCAGAAUGGCGAGUUCGACAAAGGAGACAUGCAUUCUCUCUUCACCAAAUACGACCUUAACCCCAAGGAUGGCACCGUGACAAAGAAUGAAUUCGUCUCAUCGUUCGCCGCCGCCAACAAUCUUGGGGGUGUCGCCAGUGGACUCUUCCUGGAACUCGACAUGGACAAGAGUGGCGGCAUCACCGAUCACGACCUUAACCUUUUCUUUGCCAAGAUUGACACCGAUGACAACGGACAUGUGUCAAAACACGAAUUUGUGAACUAUUUCAAUCAGCUGUUCACCGCUCUGCUGAUUCUGAGUUUGAACCACCCAGGUGCUGCAUAAUGCCAACAAAGUUAGCGACUCUCCUACCAUUUCAAUACAACCAUCUACGAUACCUGUGUAAUAGUUUCCAAACAACUUAUACUGAUAUUGUUUUGUAUUUCUUCAAUAAAUCAGUAGAUGUGUG